GGGUAAUGAUGAGACAGCAAAAGAAGAGAAAGUGCCUGCUAAAGAAAAAUAUGUCGCGAAACCGAAGGCAAUCCCUUCUCUUGGAAACAAGAAUAGAUUCCACCCCUAUUCAAAGGACAAGAAUGCAGGCACUGGAGAGAAGAAGGCUAUUAAUCGUAAUAGAGUUUUUAUUAGCAACAUCCCAUAUGACAUGAAAUGGCAAGCUAUUAAAGAUCUUAUGAGAGAGAAAGUUGGUGAGGUUACAUACGUGGAGCUGUUUAAGGAUGCUGAAGGAAAAUCAAGGGGUUGUGGUGUGGUUGAAUUCAAAGAUGAAGAAUUUGUUAAGAAAGCGUUAGACACUAUGAACAAAUACGAUCUUAGUGGAAGACCCCUGAAUAUUAAAGAGGACCCUGAAGGUGAACAUGCUCGUAGGGCAUUACAGCGUGGAGGAGGACAGUUUCCAGCAGGACAUGGACCUGAUGUGGCACCUGGAAUAAUGAAUUUACCACCUUCUAUUCUCAAUAAUCCAAACAUUCCUCCUGAAGUUAUCAGUAACUUGCAGGCAGGCAGGCUUGGGUCCACUAUUUUUGUUGCUAAUCUUGACUUUAAAGUUGGCUGGAAGAAACUGAAGGAGGUAUUCAGCAUUGCUGGAACUGUAAAGCGUGCAGACAUCAAAGAAGAUAAGGAUGGCAAGAGUCGAGGGAUGGGAACAGUUACCUUUGAACAAGCAAUAGAAGCUGUUCAAGCAAUAUCUAUGUUCAAUGGACAAUUCCUGUUUGAUAGACCCAUGCAUGUAAAAAUGGACGACAAAUCAGUUCCUCAUGAAGACUUCCGUGUUGCAGACAGCAAAACUUUUCUUUCUACUUCUUGUGGUCUUGGUGGUAUUGGUAUGGGACUUGGACCAGGUGGACAGCCCAUCAGUGCAACACAGCUGAGCAUGGGUGGUGGAAUGGGAAGCAUGGGUCCAGGAGGUAUGGGAAUAGACGGUCCAGGAUUUGGCGGAAUGAACAGGAUGGGAGGCGGACUUGCUGGACUUCGUGGAAUGGAAGGAAUGCCUAAUAUGGGAGGAUUUGGAGUUAAUCGAAUGGGAGAGAUGUUCCGUGGUGGAAUGGGAGGAAACAUGGACAGAGAAUUUGGUCGUGGUGAAAUGGCUUUGAACCGCGGUUUUGGAGAUUCUUUCGGAAGGAUGGGUGGUGCAAUGAUUGGUGUUUUUGCAGGAGGAAUGGGAGCACCUAGCAUGGGCCCAGUAAGAUCUGGAAUGAGUGGUGGAAUGGGUGGUAUGAAUAGUAUGCCUGGAGGAAUGGGAAUGGACCGGAUGAGUUCUGGUUUUGAUCGAAUGGGACCAGCUAUGGGUGGAGGCUUGGACAGGAGCAUCGAUAUUGAUCGAGGAUUUGUGCCUGGGCCAAUGGGAAGUGGCAUGAGAGAGAGAUUAAGCAAUAAAGGCAACCAGAUAUUUGUGAGAAAUCUUCCUUUUGACUUGACCUGGCAGAAGCUAAAGGAGAAAUUCAGUCAGUGUGGUCAUGUAAUGUUUGCAGAAAUAAAAAUGGAGAAUGGAAAAUCAAAAGGCUGUGGAACAGUCAGAUUUGACUCACCAGAAUCUGCUGAAAAGGCCUGUAGGAUAAUGAACGGCAUAAAAAUCAGUGGCAGAGAAAUUGAUGUACGCUUGGAUCGCAAUGCAUAAUUUAAAACUGUGUGUUCAGGAACAUUCCUAUGUCUGUUUAGCUUCUCUAUCCUAGUAAGUCAUUUUUAGUAACAUUGUAUGCUUCCGAAAGCUGUAAAAAGGAACUUUUAAAUCCCACCAGCCUUUAACAGUAUAGUGUUUAAUAUACUGUGAUACUUGUUAACUGAAUCUUACAAUGUUUGGUUUUUAAAGACAAUUUGCCUGAUUUUUGUUGUUUUUUUAGAGGCACUGAGCACCUGCAGGUCCCUGCAGGCUGUGCAAGCUUUGGAUGCUCAGUGCCUUUGGAAAAUUAGGCCAAGUGUCUCUAGUCAUUCAGUUUAAAUGAAUGGUUAUACUGUUUUUAAUAAAAUAAGCCAUUUUCUCUGUUAA